AUGAAGGAAUUCAAGAUCUACAUUGGAAUGACGGAGGACAACAUGGUGCAGGUUUUCCAUGGAGGGCUGAAGAACAACGCAGACCCAGAGACGUUUGAGAUCAAGCAUAUCAACGCUGCGGGCAUCCCAGUCCCCACUCGAUACGUCAAGAUCGAACCGAUUGCUGCCCAUGGACAGAGUUUCCACAUAUCUAUUUGGUACGUUGGAAUGUCAGGACACAACGACCCUGCCUAUAUCGAACAUCACCGAGAAAAGAUCGUUAUGCGCCACAUCCUCAAACACCUCCGCCAGCGCCGUCUCCUCACACCCUUCAAGUCCAUCUCCGACAGGUCAGGCUUGUACCUCGAACACCCACUCAUCUCCAAACUACACGAGAAAAUCGUUUUGCAAGGCGACUGGUCAGCCGCCGAACAACUACUCCACAGCCUAUCCGAUGCAGGUCUAUUCACCAGUUACCUCCACUCAUGCCAGCCACAAGCAAUUUGGACGCGAAUCACAGGGACAGAUGCAGACGGGGACAUACCAUCGCCAAGGGGCGGCCACGCAAUGUGUAUGGAUCCAGACAACCAGAUCGUAUAUCUGUUUGGAGGAUGGGACGGGGAGAAGAGUUUGGACGAUUUCUGGGCGUACCAUGUCAAGGAAGAUCGGUGGAAACUGCUCAGCCCCAGUACCUCGAAGGAGCACAAUGCGCCUGGCCCACGGUCCUGUCAUAAGAUGGUAUUUGACUCGCGAACUGGAAGUAUCUACCUCCUAGGGAGACUCGACGAUACGGACGUCAAGAUACCUCGUCCCGCAGGCAAUGCUGGCCCUAGCAACCCUCCAGGCGCUGGAGGCAGCACCCCCGGUGUCCCUCUGACAUCAACGCCCAUGAUCGCCCAACAGUCACCGCUACGCCAACAAAUAACGCCUCCUGAAAGCCAGAACGCAACACCUGUUGUAACACCAACGAAAACCUACUGUUCCGAGUUUUACCGCUACCAGACUCGAGGACUGGAUGCAGGGAAAUGGGUGUUCCUCUCGUUCGAUACUGCUUCCUCGGGAGGCCCGCCGCUGGUAUUCGACCACCAAAUGGUCAUCGACAGCGAAACUCAGAUCUUGUAUGUGUUUGGAGGGAGAGUGGUUGACGGGGAUUGGGAAACGUCAAAGUUCUCUGGGUUGUAUAGUUACAACAUUCGAAUGAGCAAAUGGAAGCUUCUGCAAGCAGCGGAUUUGAGUGGACAGCCCCCCAACACCAUCCCACCUCGUUUCGGUCACUCCAUGGUACUCGAGCCUAAAUCCAAACAGCUGUACAUCUUCGGCGGGCAACGCGAACAGCGUUAUCUCGCUGAUAUGUAUGUCUACGAUAUCAACACGGGGGUCUCGACCGAGCUCUUUUCCAACUUCACGACUUCCGGUGGACCCGAUCCUUGUUUCACCCAACGAGCAGUAAUCGACCCUCUCCUCAAGGAGAUCUACGUAUUCUGCGGCUUAACACGCUCAACCGCCUCCUCCCCAGCCCAGCCCGCUUCCCUCAAAACCCACCCCUCCAACUGGGUUUACCGGUACGACCCCAAACCAGGCAAGUGGAGUCAAAUCGCGCGGCAUCCUGAGAGUGUGGCGAAUGGUGGCGAAGUCCCGUUGCCGAGGUUUGCGCAUCAGGUUGUGUAUUGUCCAGGGGAAAGAACGGUUUUCUUGCAUGGAGGGAAUGCGGGUGGGUUGGUCGGGGUUGGGAAUGCUAGUGCAUCAAGUGGGAAUGGAGCUGGGAGGUCUGGUGACGGUACGCGUACGGGCAGUCCGGCGACGGGCGGUGGUGGCUCGGGUGUAGGGACAGGUACAGGGAUGCCCAAUAGCAAUUUGAACCCGGAUGGGGCGCCUACAACGACCGGCGAUGCACCUGGGAUUUCGCAGAGUCCGGUGCCUCCUGUCCCGGCAUCUUCGUCGGCGGAGCCAGUUUCCGCGAACGACAGGAACCAGCUCACUGGAAUCUCGACCAAAGAGAAGCGGUUGGAUGAUUUCUGGAAGAUGGAGUUGAGGAGACCUCAAGUCUCUGAAGUAAUUCGACGGGCAAAGUUCCACAUCCGCCGUCAACAAUUCCGCGAAAUGUGCGAAGAAACCACCCCCGUCCGCGCUCUCCAAUUCCUCCAAACCCAGGUUUCCCACGUAGUGGACCACAAAAACCCAGACGAGUCCGAAACGUUUAGGGGACUGCUUACUUACCUGUUGGCUCCGUCGAUGCAGAGUGCGAGGCCGCCCGUGUUGCCCGUUUCAGCGUCGAUGGUGAGUGGGAAGAAGAGCAGGUCGGGGUCCCAAGUUCCGAGAGAGGGAGGGUCUGGUGAGGUGGGGUCUUCUGUGGGAAGAGGCGAAACUGAGAGGGAGAAUGGAGUAGGAACGGAGAGAAGAAGGAGGGAGUCCGAGGAGAGUGCGGUCUGGACGAACGUCCUACCUGAAGAUGAAUAUUCGGAUGCACACGAGGACGCUAUCGCCGAAGACGAUGAAGAGCCUUCAUAUCCUCACCAUCGCAGUUCAUCGGCGACGUCAACAUCCUAUCCAAAUCGACUUGCCACGCACAAUUCGAGAGGAACGGCGGAUAUGCUCCGGGGUAUCGUCGACCCUCUCGAGUUUGCUCCCUACACCAACGGACAUGGUCUUUCCGCAGCUGGUGGCACCAGCAGUCAUCUGCACGAUCAAUCGGAAGUGGGAUCGACGACGCUGAAACCCGUAUCCCUCACUUCCGAGAGGUACCAUCAACGCACGGAAGUGUUUUCGAGCAUUUUGGAGUUCGUGGCAGAAGAGGAUAAGGAGCCGGAAGGUGAUUUGUUGCAUCUGGUGGUGGGAAGGGAGCCGAUGUUUUAG